UUUUUACCAAUUAGGUUUUGGUUAAAGCAGUGUUGCCAUUGUUGUUUGCCUCACUUUGCCGCUUCCUAGUACAACAAUGGAGGACGAAGUCGAACACAGACCCCUUCAUCAAACUACUCUACCCAAACAAAUUGAACAACACAACGAUUCAGAACCUGAAAACGAAGAUGACGACGAUGUCUCUUCCUUUUCUUCAGAUUCCGAAAUCGACGACGCAUUAGACUGGUUAGAUUCAAAAAACGAAGAUUAUUACGAUUCAAUCGACGGUACUUCUCUUAGUUCAUGGCGCCCCAAUGCUCACGGUGGUCACCACUCUCAUUCUUCAACACUUCAACCUCUCUCCAAUCGUAACCAGAAAUUCUCACAUCAUAUUCGUGCUUCUCCGUUAGAGGAAUGGGAAGGAAGGAUGAAUAUUGCUAUGUCGAAUACUGUUACUACCGCGAUUCGUGGAAGUGUUCGAGAGAUGGCUAUUGGUAAAACUAAAACUACUGAGAAAGCUGACCGUGCUACUGUUGAGCAGGCAAUUGAUCCCAGAACGCGCAUGGUUUUAUUCAAGAUGCUCAAUAGAGGUGUGUUUCAAGAUAUGAAUGGAUGCAUUUCAACUGGAAAGGAAGCAAAUGUUUAUCAUGCCACCAAAUCCAUUAUUUCAACUGAGAAGGAAGCAAAUAUUUCUCAUGCCAUCAAAACCAAUGGUGAAGAACUUGAAAUUCAAGAACUUGCAAUUAAAAUAUACAAAACAUCUGUUCUGGUAUUUAAGGAUAGAGAUAGAUAUGUGCAAGGAGAUUACCGGUUUAGAAAUGGGUACUGCAGGCAUAAUCCCCGAAAAAUGGUUAAAACAUGGGCAGAAAAGGAAUUCAGGAAUCUUAAGAGGCUAAAGGAAGAAGGAAUCAGGUGCCCUACACCAAUCCUUCUGAGGUUACAUAUCCUGGUUAUGGAAUUUAUUGGAAAGGAUGGCUGGGCCGCUCCACGUCUCAAAGACGCAGAUUUAUCUUUAGACAAGUUACGGGAGGGUUAUGUUGAGAUAAUUGUUGCAAUGCGGACAUUAUAUCAGAAGUGCAAAUUGGUGCAUGGUGACCUCAGUGAAUAUAAUAUACUCUAUUAUGAGGGUCACUUGUAUAUUAUUGAUGUUUCUCAAGCGGUUGAUCCUGACCAUCCUCAUGCUCUUGAUUUUCUGCGUGAAGACUGUAUUCAUGUAUCCGAUUUCUUUAAAAAACAUGGUGUAGGUGUCAUGACAAUAAGAGAACUUUUUGAAUUUAUUGUUGAUGCAUCGAUUUCUGAUGAUGCUGUAGAUGGCUAUUUGGAAAAGGUGCAACAAAAAAUUUUGGCCAGAGGAGAUGUAUCUGCAGAGGAUGAGAUUGCAGACUCAGUAUUUGCACAGUCUUACAUUCCAAAGACACUAGUCGAUGUUAAGAAUGUUGAGGAGGAUGUACAACGUAUAACGAGUGGCAAAGAAACCGGGGAUUUGAUUUAUCAGACGAUUACUGGACUUAAACACGCUCUCACAAUAACAGAACCUUCCCUGCAAAAUGAUCAGUUAAAGCCGAAAUCAAAUACUAUAGAUGAUUCACAUGCCAUCUCUGAUGGUAAAUCUAACCUCUUAGAAGGUGAUGCGGAGGCUCAACCUGGUGAGAACGAAGAAGAUAACAAAAGCGAUUCUGAAGAGAUUUCAUCCUCUGAAAGUGAUUCUGAUACUCCGCUUGAUAAGAAAGUUGCUAGAAAAGAAGCUAGGAAAGAAAAUAAAAAGAAGGUGAAAGAGGAGAAAAGAGAAGCCAGAAAAACUAAACUCCCCAAGGCUGUGAAGAAAAGAAAGAAGAAAUUGUCUAAGGCCAUAAAGACCAGAUAGACACUACUUAUUUGUUAUGGCCAUCUGAGUGUAGGUUCUGAAUUCUUAGAUAAAAGUUAUAAUACGUCAAAGAUAUGGAGAAAAAUAGUAAUUUUGUUUUCUAAGCAUAUAUAUGAUGUUAGAAUUAAUCUUGUUUAUCUUACAAUUUUGGUGUGUUAUUAAAUUUUUAUGUGGGUCUUGAGUUUCUCUACA